AUGGACAAAACUCAAACUCAGCUAGUCGUCAUAUUGGCAGCUAUCACUGCAGGUUCGGUUGUGACUUUCGAGUACCUACGGUGGUCUGAUUCACGCCUGAAGACUCAACCAGUGUCCUUGGUUGCGCAGACUAAACCCGAGACUCCUCAGGUUACGAUUCAUCCUGGAAAGAAAGAGGAGAGUGCUCGGCAGUCUCAGGUCGAUACCUUCACUAAUCAGUCCGUUGUGAAUACCACAGUAGAGACUCACACCAACAAUCCCAAAGAGAGUAGCCAGGAAUCACAGCACGAUGUUUCCGCAACCCCGCCCGUCGCUGAGACCGCGACACAGCUUCCUGUGGUCCCAUGCCACUGCGAUCAGUGCAAGACGAACAGUCAGGGGCCUCAGACAGAUAUCUCCGCAAACCGGCCUUCACGGAUUUCUCGGAUCAAGGAGGAUCGAACUAUGCUCGGAGCCCGUCUCAUCAAGUCAAAAUUCCACGUCCAAUGCUCCUGUGACUCGCAUACAAAGGAGCUUUAUUUCAAAUGGCCUUACUCAUGCUCGGCCAAGCACCACGAAGACGACAUCGUCCUUCAACCCAAUUCGCGACCUACCCUAAUCCGCGAGUGCGAAGAUAGCACUUACGAAAGCCUGUCGUUGGCAAACCGCACCAUCGGGUACUUCUCCCGCUCAGAAUCUACCAUGGACACCAACCAGGUCGCCGCCCUUGCUCAAUGGCGCAAAAACCACGAGCGUACCCGCGUACUCGAGAUGCUAGCACAGAACGACAUUCGCAGCAAAGACACCCAGUUCUUGACAGAUUGGCUCGUCUCCCAACUCAACGAAAUCUUCUUCUUCGGCGCAAUCAAGAACCUAGAAACAGUCUGGAACGCCAAGGAUCUAGAUGACGAACCACUCCUAGCGGACGCAAUCACAGAACUCAAAGACGGUCAGAGUCAAUCACGCAUCCGUCUCCAUCCAACACGUCGCUGCUACACACAAUUAGAGAACAAGCGCCAAGGCAAGACUUUGGCGGAAGAACGCAUGGGAUCUGUUCUACACGAGAUGCUACAUGUUUUCUUGGACCAAUAUGCAUGUCCACGGUGUGUGACACGAGAGAAUUGGGCCUCCCAUGGGAGGGCGUGGCAGCGGAUUGCAAAAAAGAUUGAGGAACAGAGCUUGGGUCUGUUGGGUAUCGAGACGGAUAUAGGUCGACUGACAAGCUUUUUGGCGGAUUGGGAGGAUGAUGGACUUAGGGUUAGUCUUUGUGAUGUAGAGGCUUGUGGGUUUUGGGAGAGGCCUGAAUACAACAUGUAG